CGAACAAACCUCUAGAGUCUCUAGUUACACUAUGUUUCAGGCAACACAAUUGCGGUUCGGUACAAUCGGUACGAGAACAUUCUAGAACGUCUACCCCGUCGACGCCACUAUAUACUGCGGCACCUGCUCCGAUCCACCGUGGUCUCGUCGCUGUCGUGCACCAUUAUUUGUGCUGAUUUUUUAAUACGGAAUUGCAACACAACGAGGAUGAGCGACGAUGAUCGUGACAUCGACAUUGAGAGCGACGAUGGCGACGAUUCGGACUCCAGAUUGAGGCAGUCCAACAACACACAAUACUACUCCCAGGUGAAAUUACACAAUCGGCCCCGGCGUUUUCCUCCUAAGGCCGAGAAAAGGGCGCAUCAUAAUGCGUUGGAGCGAAAGCGGCGAGACCACAUCAAAGAUAGUUUCAGCAAUCUUCGGGACGUCGUACCGACUCUGCAGGGGGAAAAGGUCGCGAGCAGGGCGCAAAUCCUGAAAAAGGCCGCCGAGUACAUCAGAUUAUUGCGGGUUAAACAACAAUCUAUUCAGCAAGAAAUCGAUGACAUCAAGAAACAGAAUAUUACCCUGGAAAAUGAAAUUCGCGAGUUGGAACAGGAAGGGCUCAAUGAUGGCUGGCUCGCCAAUGUCAAUGGCGAAGCAGUGAUCAAAGAUCUCUGUCCUGAAUUCGGGGGUAUGAGUGGAUACAACGACACCGAGUCAGAGUCAUCCGACAGCGAAACCGACGAGGCGAUCCGGCAUUCAAAAAAGCAAAAGACGUCCAGCCUGCAUUGAUGACACUCCGUACUUUUCCCUUUAACUUUAUUUUCGUAUGUCGAUCGUCUCUCGAGAUAUUUGUAAGUGAUAUAAGUUGCAUGUAUAUUGUGCGAUCGCGCGUAAGUAGGUACUUAUUUAAGUAAAUCACGAGAGAUCAUGUUAUGUAGAAUAUUUGUAACAUGGUUGACGCAUUCUGAAGAGUGAGACGAUGUUCAGGAACAUACGGCAAGUAAAGACGAUAUCGAUAAAUCUUGCAACGUUUACAACUUAAUGUACCUAUAUAAGUAUUAAGCUACAAUAUUGUACGAAUACAAAUAAAUUAAAUGCGUUUCGGUUCUGGGCUGUGGUAGAUAUAACCUACCGACUUGACGCAUACAGUUUGCCGACAAAGCAUGAUUAACGGUAACUGUUUAAAAAAUAAUUACGUAGCGCUGUCUCCACUCUUCUAAUCAUUAUUUUAGUGUCGCCUCAUGUUUCGUAAUUUUUAAUUCACUCGAUCUCGGGGAAUCGCUUUCAGAAUAAAUUGUCAUAAUUGAGUAUCUAUUGUAAAUUCUACUAGUACGGUCCAAUAUUAUGUAAUUAUACCUGAUAAUUAUUGACUGAUAAUCAUUACAACACAUUGACGCGCAAUAUCUUGAUUGUUCGAGACUAUGCAAUAUUUGUUUAAUAAAGUUUCAUUUAUAACGAA